AUGAGAAUAUAUUAUUUAUAUAUUUUAUUAAUAAUAAUAGAAGGAAUAAAAUUAACAUUUAAUGAAAAUAUAAAUAAAACUGAAUCAACUAAUUUAGAACAUCGAGAUUUCGAAAAAGAUAUAGAAGAGCUAGAUUUAAGCGGUUUAGAGGAUGAUAUUGAAAAUAUUGAAGAAAUAGCUUAUAAAGACACUUAUAGCUAUAUAACUCAGAUAUAUGUUUAUGUUAGAAUUGAUAAUGAAUAUAAAAAAUAUUUGAAUCAUCUUGAAUUUAUGAAAUUAGGAGAGAAAUACAUGACAUUACUACAAAAUGCAAUGCUUCAUGUUCAACUUAAAAAAACAGGAAAGGGGAUUUUUACUUGCUAUUACGAAAAUAAAGCUAUUACUGAAGAUUUAGCAACUUAUUUUUUAAUUCAAAAAGAAAUAGAUUUUAUCGAAGUUGGUUUUGAUAAAAGAUUUCCAGAAGGGAGAAAUUCUCCUAUAAUAGAUAUUCCUGAGAGAAAAAUAGAAAAAAAUGAGGAACUAUAA